AUGUGCGCCCAUCAGCUCCAGUCGCAGACUGCGCAGCAGCGAGAGCUGCAGGAAGCCUCGGAGCUCCGGGACCAGAACGUCGCUGGUUGGAUCGGUAGCAUCGGCCGGUCUGGGACCUCCGGGAGCAUAUUGGAGUAUGGACUGCUGGAGAAGUCCCAGUCGAGGGAGGCGGACCAGGAGCUCGCGGAGCUGGGCCCGGAACCCGAGUUGAAUCGAAUACAGGGAGACGAGAGCUUCCAUCUGGAACCAGCGGAGAGUUCGCUGUACAUCCAGAGGCUUACUCCAGCAGUUGUCAAGCAGCUCAAGGUGGGAAUGUGGUGCUUUGAUGCCAACGAAGUUGCCCGCGAGCAUGGCUCCGUGCUGAAGAUCGUCGGCACGGAGUUGAUCGGGAAGGUUUCUUUCAUCUCGAGGAGUUGCCUGGCAGCUUUUCUGGAUGCGAUGGAAAAGAGGUAUUUAGCCAAUCCCUACCACUCCAGCGCUCACGCCGCUGAUACAGCGAACUCCUUCGAGGUCCUUGCCUCGAGCUCCGGACUGCUUCAGUCCUCGGAGCUACCAGCGCUCCGGAGUGUCUCUAUGUGUGUUGCCGCUCUGGGUCAUGACUUGGGACAUCCAGGUCUCAACAACAGCUUCCAGAUCAACUCUCGGGACAACCUCGCGGUGACCUACAACGACCGCUCUGUGCUGGAGAACUUCCACGCAGCUGAGCUUGAGCGGUUGCUUUCGCAUCGGUACGGCCCGCGGCAGACAAAGCUUAUGGCCAUCCCACAGAACCACGAAGCAAGGGAGCGUCAGGUGCGCAUCGCCCUCAUCCUCGCGACCGACCUCUCCAAACACAUGCAGGAUCUCGGAGAUCUUCGACUACGGCUCGGCAAUAGAGAUUUUGACGCCAGCGAAGUGGCCGCAGACCAGCAAUUGGCGCUGACGUGGUAUUUUCGGGCGUCGGACAUUGGACACUCUGCGAAGCCGUGGGAUAUUCACAGGCGCUGGUCCGAGCGCUUGGUGGAGGAGUUCCAUGCCCAGGGCGACGUCGAAAGAGGACUCGGUCUGCCGCUGUCUCCGCUCUGCGAUAGGAACAACUUCGAUCUGUCCAAGUCCCAAACGGGCUUUCUGCAGUUUAUUUGCCUGCCGAUGUAUGAAGAACUUGUCAGGCUGGACGAACUCCUUGAAAGCCGCUUUCAGCUCAACCAGAGGAAGAAGCCGGCCACGUCCGUCUCGUUGCACGUUUCGCGCCAUGGAUUGAAAGUCUUGCCUUUAGACGACAUCGUGCCAAGCGAGCAGGAAUUGAAAGUGGAGUCGAGGCUCUCGCGGUCCUUCACCGGAGGGAUGCCUCUCGAAGAGUGCACUACCGCCGCGCAGAACAAGGGCACCCUGCGCAUUGCGCAGCAGCUCCUUGACCAGUGCACGGACAACAUGAACAGCUGGAUGCUUGGUUGA